CUCUGUCUCUCUCAGACAGACUCACACAGCUCGCUCACAGUGCUGGACUGAAAAACCCUCUCAGCUCUGCUCUCCGGCUCCGGCCACCAGAGAAGAUGCUUCAUUGUUACUCUUCAUGAGAUUAUCGCAAGACUGAGUGGAGUGGCAGCUCUGCAGCUGAUGGGCUGCUGCUGCUGCUGCUCUUUCCAUCUUUAUCUCUCUUUUAACUGCGACGCUGGGGGAGAAAUAAAUAGCUCAGCGCGCACUGUUGGGAGGCAAAUGAAUGGAGCAGACUGACAGGGGACUUCCCCAGGCUGCCUUCACACCAAUGGAUCUGGAUUCUGAAUAAUUUUUUCUUAUUAUUUGCCAAUACAUUUUUUCAACGAGGAUCAUCACUUAAGAACUUGCCUUGCUGUGGAUCUUCACUGUAAAAAUUCACACUAUAUCUUAGGCUCAAGGAUGUGCUCAAUAUUCAUGCUUCAUCAGUGGAGUCUGGCUGUGUUCUUGCUGUGCUCCCCAGUGACUCUUGAUGGGAAACCAGUUGAUGUACUUAGUGACAGAAUGAGGAGGUCAGUGAGCCACGCCCAGCUGAUGCAUGACAAGAGCCGCUCCUUGCAGGAUUUCAAGCGUCGUAUUUGGCUGCAAACACUGCUGGAGGAGGUGCACACAGCCGGAGAGCAAGCUCCACCUGUGCAGAGCAAAACCCAGAGCCAACCCUUCAGUGGGAAUGUCCCACACGAGAAGCCCCCAGGGGGCACCAAGAACAUCCCUGAAAGGUUCAGGCUGGACAGAGAGGGCCCUAACCUGCCCCAGGAGACCAACAAGGCUCUGGCUUAUAAGGACCAGCCACUUAAAGUGGCCACCAAGAGAAAAAAAAAGGUGAGGUUAGGCCGACGUAGAGAGAGCGACAAGAAGCGGAGGCGGGCACGGUCUGUCACAACAAAGGAGCCAUGAAGGACGUAGUACCCAGGCUAAGAGACUACCAAUAGCCUUUAUAUGGUACUGCACUAAGACACUGAAUAGGUUCAACUAGACUGUGAUCUGAGAGACUCGACCCAUUGCUGACUCAGUCACUUCAUAUUAUGGCCCUGAGAUUGUGCUUGUUAUUAUAAUAUCUUACUAUGUUUGUAUUUUCAAUCUCAUACUUCCUGAAGUUUCACGAACUAUCUUAAAACAUCUUCAUAGAUCCAUAUUUAUUUGGAAAAUCUGUAGGCCGCUGUGACCCUGAUUUACAUUAAAACGAUGCCAUAUAUUGUCAUCUCUAUCCAGCUGUGAGCACAAGCAGAUCAUAUGAGGAACUAUUUAUUUCCUGAAUAUAAUGUAACUUCACAAAAUUUGGAGGCUGAGUGGUCUACUUUUGUUUGGCUCUGUAUUUGUUGACUAUUGUGGACUUACAGUUAGAUACAAACUGUUCACUGAAUACAUCUGUUCGAACUGUUCUGCCAUAAUUUAUUUCACUUUGAAAGUGUGUAUUUAUUUUGUGAAUGUAUCGCGGUGCUGCUGACUAAAUUCCAUAAUGCACUUUAGUUAUAUCCUGUACAUGUUCUUUUGUGGUUGAGUUUUAAUUUGAUGUUUCUUUUUGAUGGUCCUGCUUUCAUUUCCCACCUUAGAUCCCCCAUGGACCUGUAACCUAUUGGAUGCUCCAUCAAAAUCACUCUCACGAUUUUACAUGAUCUUUUAUAGAGUGAGCCCAAGUCAUAGGGCUGUCAGACUCACUUAAUGUUCUUCACUUGCACUGAGGGCAUACUGUAUAUGUUUCCAGUUAAUCCAACAUUAAAAAGUGUAGCCAUUUGAAAUUA